AUGAACCGGCGGCCGCCUUUCGCGUGCGCGUUCCGCUUCCCGCCGUCGUCGCCGCCGCCGCCGCCCCCCCUCUCUCGCGCCUCUCGCUCCUUCUCGGCGGCCAACGUGUCCUGUCAGGCUGCGGCGCUGCCCGCGACGGCGUUGGCGAUUCUUCUCCAGCCGCUGCUCGUUUUCGCCCCGGCGUGGAUGGGCCGCGGCGGAACUGGUCUGCAUCACGGAUGCAUCGCGCUCUUCCGGGUGGCUCCGGUAGCCGUCUCGGCCUUCUAUCUCGGUCUUUCCGGCUUCGCCGACCCCGUACACUCUCUGUCGCAGACGGACGGUCUGCCCGCCGAGUACGCCGCGCUGUUGGAGAAUCUCCACUUGUUCUCGCAAUGGGACUGGUUGAAGAGGGCAAAAUUUUGUGUUGAGAGACAAGGAUUGGCUGUGCUUGACGAUGUGGUGGAUAGUGACUUAAACAAGAAGCGCAGUAACGAGAAGGAGAGUGCCUGA